AUGUGUGGAAAUGAAAACCUUCAUUUGGGCCAUGGCAGGGCGCCCAAGGAUGACGUUGUAGGCUGUUGGGCAGUCAAUAAUGAGGAAGGGAGUGGUAAUCGUCGCCCGCUAAGGUGCUACUCCAAUAAAGAUAGGGAGAUGGAUGCUUCCAAUGGGUUGGACAACAUCACCGGAAAAGCUCACCAGGGGUGUGAUGCUUCGGUCAAGCAAGUGAGACGGGAUCUAGAGCUCGUUGAAAGCAUCAGCAAACAUCACACUGACCGAGCUGCCAUUGUCCACCAAGAUACGCCCAACAUCAAAGUUAGAAAUGUUGACGCGGAUAAUGAUUGGGUCAUUGUGGGGGAGAAUGACACCACGCUCCUCUUCCUCGCAGAAGGCGUCCCUGCUCAGUGCUGA